AUGGCUUUCGCCAACAAUCAACAAUGCACAAAACUCAUUUUUUAUGCUUUUGUCCUUUAUUUGUCAAUAUCGUCAGUUUCCACAGAUGCUACAACGGAUAGACCUAUCGCAAGAAGUUUGUUACCUUUUCAAAAGAAAACUGUUGUGGUAACAAAUUAUGCAGUCAACAAAGAAGAUAUGAAUAUACAUUGCAGCUCUUCAGAAAGUGAUUUGGGGUUAAAGCGUAUCUCUUAUCAUCAGUCAAUUACUUUCCAUUUUAGGGUAAAUUGGAAAGGCACUACAAAAUUCCGUUGCCAUGUUACAUGGCGUGGAGGUGGAGACCAUUGGUUUACUGUAUUCAAACGUGGGGGAGGGAGAGACAAAUGUAGUGAAUGUGUUUGGCAAGUCUACGGUGAUGGUGGAUAUGGUAAUAAACCUCUGAUGUUUUAUGAUCGCGGCGAAUAUGGCUACCACCUUUAUGAUUGGGACAACUAA